AUGUCGCUAAUGUACGGGAAGGAAAAGGAUGCAGACCAUGAGAUAGACAACUCUUCCCAUCCCGGAUUCAUCUCCUUCUUUGCCAAGCUCCCACCAAAAUCUCCAGAGAAUGGCACACUACGUCUUUUCUUUCGAGGCGAGUACUACUCCGCGCACGGGCCAGACGCGCUCUACGUGGCGACGCACCUCUUCCGCACGAACACUGUCCUCAAGUACCUUGGACCCGGAGGCAGGAAUGGCCUACCAAGCGUGACGCUGAAUGAGGGGCAGGCGAAGUCGUUUCUGAGGGAUGCGCUGACGGCGAGGCAGCUCAAGGUAGAGAUAUGGGGGCCGGAGGCGGGCCAGGGGAAGAAGGCGACAAAGUUCAAGCUGGAUAAAGAGGCGUCACCAGGAAACCUACAAGCUGUCGAGGACCUCUUGUUCGUGAACACAGACAUACUCUCCGCGCCCAUCGUCAUGGCUAUCAAAAUCACGUCCUCACCUACUGCGCCCGGUGAGACAUCAAAGGCGCGAACGAAAACGAUUGGCAUCGCGUAUGCCGACACGAGCACGCGUGAGAUAGGCGUCGCCGACUUCGUGGACAAUGACCUGUACUCCAAUAUGGAGACUCUCAUCAUCCAGUUGUCGGUCAAGGAGGCGCUGAUACCAACAGGGACGAUUAAAGCCACGUCGGAGCGCGACUUCGAAUUGAAGAAGCUGAAGGAGGUGCUAGACCGCUGUGGAGUGGUCAUCACGGAGCGGAAGCCCAGUGACUUCACGGCCAAGAACAUCAAAGACGACAUGGUGCGCCUGCUGAGCCCGAGCUCAAUGCCCUCGACGUCAAGCGUCGACUCUGGGGUGGUCAUACCCGAACUCUCCCUCCCAGUUGCGCCUUCCGCGUUGUCUGCCCUCGUUUCGUACCUCUCCCUCCUCUCCGACCCGUCCAACCACGGCACGUUCAGCAUCCGCAUACAUGACUUGUCGCAGUACAUGCGGCUCGAUGCGAGUGCGUUGCGUGCACUCAAUCUUACUGAGGCUCCUGGGAACAUUGGCUCAAAUAAGAAUACGACGUUGUUUGGGUUGCUGAACAAGGGCAAGACAGCGCAGGGGUCGAGAUUGUUAGGGAGCUGGUUGAAGCAACCGCUUGUCAACCUGCAUGAGAUCAGGAAACGACAGAACCUCGUUGAAACCUUUGUCGAUGAUGCCAACGCCCGCAGAAUCUUGCAGGAUGACUACCUGAAGAUGAUGCCGGAUAUGCACCGCAUAUGCAAGAGGUUCCAGAAGUCUGUCGCCUCGCUUGAAGAUGUCGUGCGAGUCUAUCAGGCCGUUCUGAAGCUGGAAGGCUUCAUCACUGUGCUCGAGAGCGUCGACACGUCAAACGACGAGUAUAAGUUCCUGCUCGAAGAGACCUACCUCACCAAGUUCAAAGAGUUCAACAACAGCCUGUCCAAGUACGCCGAGAUGGUUGAGCAGACGCUGGACCUCGAUGAGCUCGAAAACCACAACUUCGUCAUUAAGCCGGAUUACGACGCGCGGCUGCAGGCACUCGCGGACAAGCUGAAGGAGGUGCGCGACGGGCUGGACGCGGAGCACAAGAAGACGGGGCGUGACAUCAGCCUCGAGCUUGAUAAAAAGUUGCACCUGGAGAACUCGCAGGUCUAUGGGUAUGUGUUCCGGGUGUCGAAGGGUGACGCGAAGUCGGUCACAGGCAAGAAGGGAUACAUCGAGCUGGGCGUCACGAAGGGCGGGAAUUUCUUCACUACGAAGGCAUUGAAGGAGCUUGCUGUCGAGUACCAGGAGACAACGGAGCAGUAUCAGAAGACGCAGAGCGGCCUCGUCAAAGAGGUCGUCAACAUCGCGUCGACGUACGCUCCGGUAUUGGAAUCGUGGAACAAUGUACUUGCGCAUCUUGAUGUGAUUCUACUCAGCUUCGCUCAUGUGGCAGUCAAUGCUCCUGAAGCCUACGUGAAGCCGAGUAUGCAGGAGAAGGGGGCUGGCAGCUUGGUCCUCAGAGACGCUCGGCAUCCGUGCCUCGAAGUUCAAGAUGACAUGAGCUUCAUCCCGAACGAUAUCGAGAUGAUCAAGAAUGAAAGCGAGUUCCAAAUCAUCACUGGGCCCAACAUGGGCGGCAAGAGCACAUACAUCCGACAGGCUGGCGUAAUUGCUCUCAUGGCACAGACUGGUUGCUUCGUACCAUGUUCAGAAGCUAGCAUACCCGUCUUCGACUCAAUCUUGUGUCGAGUGGGUGCCGGGGAUAGCCAGCUAAAGGGUAUCUCGACCUUCAUGGCUGAGAUGCUCGAGACUGCUACCAUCCUCCGAUCUGCUUCGAAGGAUUCGCUCAUCAUCAUUGAUGAGCUGGGACGAGGCACCUCGACCUACGAUGGCUUUGGCCUAGCGUGGGCCAUCUCAGAACACAUUGCAUCCGAGAUUCAUGCGUUUUGCUUAUUUGCGACCCACUUCCAUGAGCUCACCGCGUUAGACCACCAAAUCCCUCAUGUGAAGAAUCUACACGUGGUUGCACAUGUCUCCAAGUCUGAUGAGGGGACUCGGGACCGUGACAUCACGCUGUUGUACAAAGUAGACCCAGGCGUUUGCGAUCAAAGCUUCGGUAUUCACGUGGCCGAGCUCGCGAACUUCCCGGAGAACGUCGUGAAGCUCGCGAAACGAAAGGCAGACGAACUGGAAGACUUCAAUACCGAGAAACGUGGGGAACCCGAGCUUCCCGCUGAUGUCGUGGAAGAAGGUACCAAGAUUAUCGAAGAGUUGCUUCGGACAUGGGCCGCCAACACUUCCCAAGAAGAUGGUGAAGACAUCGUCAUGGCAGAUACUGAUGAUUCUGUUGCAAGCGCACAACUGGCGCAGCUCAAGAAGUGUGUCGAGCAGUUUCGACCGCAGAUUGAAGGCAAUGCGUGGGUACAGAGCGUCCUCGCUUCGCUGUGA